AAACGUUAUUUCAGUUUCAAAAGCAAUUUUAGCGGAGAAACAUUGUUCAGAACUUGGAAUUCCUUAACAAUUUAUCCAUAGUGGCACGUAAAUGCAACGCGGAAUUAUGCACAAUCUGCUUCAAUUCAUUUGUGUGCUUUUGAUAAUUAUUUCAAAUGUUUCCACGAAACGUGUCAAACGAAUAGUCGGUGGAGUGACAUCCUCACCACCUUUGCCCGAUGAUCCGGUGGUGUUCACAAAACUCUACAGUCGCAGUGCCAGGGUUGAGGGUUUUAGGAAUCCAGUGACUGGAUUAUACUCGUUUUUGGCAUUAAGAUAUGCCGAGCCACCGGUGGGUGAAAAUCGAUUUUUGAGACCGAAAUAUCAGCGUUUGGAGGGUGACAUCAAUGCCACAAUGUAUGGUCCACCAUGUCCACAGCCGGAUCCACGUCGACGUGGCUACAUUAUUGGAAACGAAGACUGUUUACUGUUGAAUGUUUUUACUCCACAAAUGCCCGAUGAGACUACAGGACUGCCCGUGUUGGUGUUUAUACACGGAGGGGGCUUUAGAUUCGGAUCAGCUAAUCAAUACGGGCCAGAUCCACUCACAAGUAAGAAAAUGAUAUUCGUACCCAUCCAAUACAGACUCGGAACACUAGGAAUUAUCGGCGAUGGUACCACUGAAUUUUCUGGCAAUGUAGCCCUGUUUGAUAUGAAUGCAGCAAUACGAUGGGUUAAGGAGUACAUCUCGUUCUUUGGUGGUGAUCCGAAGCAAAUCACUAUAAUUGGUCAUGGAUCUGGUGCGGUUAGUGCAACACAUUUAUCUAUGUCACCAAUUUCAAGGGAACUUGUUAGUGGUGUGGUAGCAAUGUCCGGCUCGGCAUUUACUAAGAACAUGAUAGAUGAUAGUCCUGUACAAUCUGUCCGGCAAAUUGCUGAAUUCAACCAAUGUGGUUCAGCUAGAAAUGAAACGGAAAUACUGAAAUGUUUAAGGGAACGCGACGUGAUAGACAUUGUGAAUCAAGAUUCCAAAGUUCAAACGGAACGUUUACAUGGACAAGCUUUACUGAAAGCUAUGACUGGAGCCGCAGGUUUUGGACUUGUGGUUGAAAAGCCAUACGACAAUCGUGGUUUACCGUCAAUCUUGGAUGGUUUACCCGAAAUGAAAUUGAAGUCAGGUUUAAUAAAGCAAAUUCCAUUGCUAACUGGUGUCACGAAACAUGAAACGGCGAAUGGAUUCUUACUGAACCAAGUCCGUGACAAUUUUUUAUCUGCCACUGAAUUUUUGAAAGUGAUAAGUGGAGGUCUCAAUCUGGACAAAAUCCUUCCGGCAAAUUUACCGAAAAUUAAUUUACCUGGCUCAGGAAACGUAUUGCAACUUGCCGACUAUUUAAAAAUUCCGGAGACACUAGACCCAGUCAAAAUUGUGGCAAAGCUUACCGAGGCUACGACAGACAUGCUGUUCAAUCUUCCUGCAUUUUUAACCGUUCAAGAAUGGAGUAAAUUUGCACCGUCAUUUCUCUAUAGUUUCGAAUAUUCAGGGCGUAAUGCCAAGGGAUCAGCUUUCUUGAACGGACUACCUGUAGUAGCCGGGAACAAUUCUAUUGGAGAUGAGCCUGCAGUCAGUCAUGGUGAUGAUCUAGCGUAUUUGUUUGAUGUACGAGAUUUAGAUGGGAAUCCAAUUAAUGAGGAGCCAUUACAUGCAGCUGAUAAGGAAGUCAGAAACUCAUUCACUGACCUUCUUUCGAAUUUCGUACGAUCUGGUGCGAAUAAAGAUAAGAACGAGAACAGUGGAUUAUUUUCAUUGUUUCAGAGCGGCGGAGACUCGUUUAUCAAAAUUGGGAAAGAGGUGACACUGGAAAAAGAUUUCAGAAUAUGCCAGUUGUCUCUAUUCGGUGCUACAACAAAAUCAAUUGGAGCUGCAGCGUGCACUUUGUUAGUGGAUGAAUUAUCUGCUCUGAACCAAGCAACGACGAAUGUAACGAAAGAACUUACCAAAACUUUAGGACUGGAUGGGAAGUCAUCAGUUUUGAAUUUACUGGCUCCACCUAAAUCACAGGGAACGCGACCUAAUUCACUUCUUAAAUUUUAGUAUCGUGAUGAUGAAUUACUUUUAUUGCAUGUAAAAAUGAGCCUAAAUCAACACACAAAAAUCCCACACCACCGCAAAGCGACAGUAUUUAUCAACAACAAUAAUAGUACAUCCACUUCAUCCGUAACAAACGACACAUUGCGGGGUGGUUGUUUUGGGAUAUAUAAAAUUUCAAUUAUUUUAAGUGCUUUAAUGAAAAUUACACACGCAAAAUGUUUAAUUUUAUGCUGAAAAGAUUGUACCAGUCUUUCGCGUCAGUUUGUACCAUGGAAUAAAACUCGUGCACGGUUUUUAUGAUGACAACGAAGGUGAGUCGGUUUAUAAAUGAAAUGACGAAAGCACAAAACUCUAUAUUUGCUAGUGGGUAAGUGGAUCAGUACGGAAUAUUUGCGUAGAUUAUCAUUUAAGUACCUUUACU